AUGGCUACCCCUAGUGUCCUCGCUUUUGACGCCGAGGGUCGAGCCAUUGACUUUGACGUCUGGGUAGAUGACCUGCAGCUGUUCUUACAGUGCGAUAGGGCAGACGGUCUCUCCCUCUUUGACCUCACCUCUGGUUCCUCUCCUGCUCCUGCUGCUGAUGUUGACGCCACUGUUCGCUCACAGUGGGCCACGCGCGAUGCUGCUGCACGUCUUGCUGGGUGUUCUCCCUCCCCCCUUCUGCCCUCUGUUGCCUCUGCUGCGGCCGACCUCCUUGGUCUUGAGUCGGUCGGUGCGGCGUCUGCCCCUAGCGGGAGACGCCGCUCUGGCAAGGGCAAGGGGGGCAGGGGCACUGGAGGAGCGAGCGGGGGGCGGUGGAGGUGGAGGUGGACGGCGGCGGGGGGAGUGGGGGUGGCGGUGGGAGUGGAGGUGGGGGUGGAGGUGUCGGUGGCGGCAGUGGAGGCGGAGGCGGCGGCGGCGGUGGCGGUUGGGAGCGGAGGUGGCGGAGGUGGUGGCGGUGGAGGAGGCGGCGGAGGUGGCGGUAGUAGCGGAGGCGGCGGAGGCGGCGGAGGCGGCGGGGGUGGCGGUGGGAGCUGGUCGCGGGUCUACGCAGAGGAGUGGCUCCGGUGGUGGUCCGCGCCAGCAACUGCAGCGCGCGGUCGUGAGACCAUGUCCCCUCAGCAGCUCCGUGAGUGGUACACUGCACGCCAGCGAGGUGGGGGCUUUGGUCCGUGCACCUACGUCCUGCGCACCGGCGACCGUGCGGGUGAGCAGUGUGGGGGUGCGCACCCCACCCAGCGCUGCUUUGGCCGCCUGACGGACGCGUGGCGUCACCAUGAUGAGGGUGACUGUUACCGGUGUUUCCCGCCCGACCCGGGCAUUGAGACUGCUGCUCUAGGUACUGGUGAGGCUGCUGCUCCAGGUGCCAGUGAGGCUGCUGCUCUAGGUGCCAGUGCGUCUGCGUCCUCAGGUGCUGGUGAGUCUGCGCUCGCAGUCUCCCUGGCAGACCCCUCAGGGGGUCCUGUCCUUUCUCACUUCUCCACUGUCCUCCCGUGUCCGGCGGCCCCCUCUGGCACCUUGUGUGAACUUUACCUCCCCUCGUUCUCUACGAACUUGGUGAGUGGUGCUGACCUACUGGAUGCGGGGGUGGUUGUCCAGUUUACUCCUGCGAGUCAGACCCACUGCUCGGACGCUCGCACAGGCCGGCACCUGGCCACGUUUUCGCGUCGGCCGGGGUCGAGCCUGUACCCCCUGACCACUGAGUCUCCUCCUGCCCCUGCGUCUGGUCAGGUAGCUGCGUCGGGUCAGGUGGUUGCUGCAGCGUCCAGGUCUGGUCCUGAGUCUGCCCCCUGCUCGUGUUGCCUCCUAUCUCACGAGACUCUCCUCUGGCACCACCGCCUUGGUCACCCCUCCCUGCCUCGUCUCCGAGGCAUGGCCUCCCGUGUCCUUGGGCGGCUGCGGGCUGCCCCUCACUCCUCUCAGUUUCCCCUGACAGAGGCCCCGCUGCAGACGCUUCACAUGGACGUGUGGGGCCCGGCCCGCGUCCGUGGACAGGGUCACGAGCGCUACUUCCUGCUGGUGGUUGACGACUACUCGCGUUACACCACAGUCUUCCCCUUGCGCAGCAAGGGUGAUGUCACUGAGGUGUUGAUCGACUGGAUCCGCGCAGCUCGUCUCCUACUCAGGAGGAGUUUCGGCUCGGACUUUCCUGUUCUGCGUCUGCACUCUGACCGAGGCGGAGAGUUCUCCUCUGGCCUUCUGCGAGCCUACUGUCGUGCGCGAGGCAUCCGCCAGACCUUUACGCUUCCGGACUCUCCACAGCAAAAUGGGAUUGGUGAGCGCCGCAUUGGCAUGGUCAUGGACGUCGCCCGUACGUCCAUGAUGCAUGCGGCUGCCCCCCAUUUUCUGUGGCCGUUUGCGGUUCGCGAUGCGUCUGCGUUCUGUGUCUGGGGAUCUCGGGCGUUUGUCCACGACUUGUCUGCGGACAAGCUGUCCCCUCGUGCUGCUCCUUGCGUCUUCCUUGGCUUUCACCCUGACGCGCCAGGGUGGCAGUUCUACCACCCCACCUCUCAUCGUGUUCUGUCCUCCCAGGACGUCACGUUUGACGAGUCGGUCCCCUACUACCGCCUCUUCCCCUACCGCACUCGUCCCCCCUCGCCACCGCUCUUCCUUGUGCCAUGUCAGCCUGUCGAGGUUACUGGUGACUCGGGUGCUGCUGCGGGUGCUGAGCCUGGGGGUGCUGACUCUGGGGGUACUGAGCGUGUGUUUGCUACGCUUGGGGGUGCUGGGCCUUCGGGUGGUACUACUGGGGGUGCUGAGCCUGGGGGUGCUGAGACUGGGGGUCCUGGGGGUGCCACGUCUGGAGCUGCUGAGCCUGAGGGUGCGGAGCCGGCGGCCGCUGGGCCUGCUUGUGUGGCGUCUGGCGGUGCUGGGCCUGGAGGUACUCCGGGUGCUUCGUCUCGGCGGGAGCCACUCUCUUCACAGGAGCUGCGCGAGUGGUUUGCCCGGCGCUUGAGGCGUUCUGCUGGAGCUGGUGCUUCUUCGGCUGCUGAGGGUGCUGGUGCCGCCGCUCCCGGAGGUGCUCGUACUGGGAGUGCUGGAGCUGCUGGGCCUGCGGGUACGACUGGAGCUGGAGCUACUGAGGGUGUUGGCGCUGAGGCUACUGCUGUCAGUCCUGGCGGCGGUCCUGCUGCGGGUGCUGCUGGUGCUGCUGGAGGUACUGCAGCUGGAGGUACUGUUGGCGCUGGUGCUGCCGCUAGGGGUGCUGGUGCUGUCCCUGCUGUGUCUGGAGUCGCCGCGCGGCCUUGGCCGUACUUCGUUCCGCUUCUUCAGCAGGUUCUUGUCGGACUCUCUUCGUGCUGCCAGUGCCGUCCUACUGUCACGCGUCUCCUUGCAACUGUCGUCACUGACCCUUCUGUUGAGUCCACUGCUGCGUCUGCCUUAGUUGCUGAGCUCGUCGACUUUGCUGCUCGCUGUCGUCUAGACUACGCUGCUAGUCUUGUCGCUGAGUCUGAGUCUGUCCGUCCUCCGUCCGUCGGGGGUGAGUGUGCCCUUGGCACGGACGUCCUUGAGGACAGGCAGGAGGAGUUCCAGUGUCUGGCUGCUGCUUCACCUCAUCUCGUGUCCGUACUGCUUACCCCUGAGGGAGACCCGGAUGCACUUGACAUCCCGACUCCGCGCUCUUACGCGGAGGCCGUAGAGGGUCCCUACUCCUCUCAGUGGCAGGCAGCUAUGGAUGCAGAGAUGGCUUCGUGGAAGUCCACAGGCACCUACGUUGACGCGGUUCCCCCACCUGGGGCGAACAUCGUCAGUGGCAUGUGGAUCUUCAGGGUGAAGCGGCCGCCAGGUUCUCCACCUGUCUUCAAGGCGCAGUACGUGGCUCGUGGCUUCAGUCGACGGCAGGGAGUUGACUACUUUCAGACCUUCUCUCCUCCCACCCGAAGAUGA